AUGCUCGCCCGGCUAGUAAGAGAACAUAAUCAAAAACAACAAGCUAUAAGACGUAAUAAUGAACAACUUAGAAAAGAAGCUACACAGGCUGUAGGUGAAUUAACCGAUUGCUUGGCAGAUACAUUAAAUGAAAGAGUCACUUCAAUAUUUAAAACUCAACGCGAAAUUGAAGCUGAAGCUCGUCGUCUUUCCGUGCAAUCUGCAAAAUUCACGAAACAAACAAAACAAUGGUUGAAUAUGUUAGACGGAUUUAAUUCUGCUUUGAAGGUAAUUGAGAGAGAUAUGAGGGAAAUAGCAAUGACAUUAGAAUUCGUGCAUAAAG